ACUACGGCACCCGCGUCCCGCACCACUACGUCCGUACAUCGGGCGAUACUCGACGACCCUUUCGUCUUUCUCUUUCCUUUUCCCGAUAGGUUCUCACGAGUCACGUUCUACCCAUAGGCCAUAGGGAGAACUUACUUUCGGGCUAGGACGUGCGACUUAGUGUUGUGUGCCGAAAUAUAUUUUAUCUUCGACGGUGCGCGUCCGCCCGGUGUCUGUGAUCCAUCUUAAUUCUUAGUGUCAUUUAGUUUGUUACGUCGCACUUGCUGAGUGUUGCUGACCGGUUGUUGAAUAACUUCGACGACGAUGAAAUAAUAUUAAAAUACGUAUUGUUUUUCCGUCCAGAUACAAACGCAUACACCUUCGUUGUAACACACUCAUUUCACAAUACGUUCAAGGAUCAUUUGCUCGACCCAUAAUAUUAUAAACACGUACCAGUCGUAUAAGAUACAUACACUAUGGACAAUGAAAAGGACAUUGAGAGCAGCCAAUCAAUAAAUUACAAUAAGGAGGAUAUUUCUCAACCAGAUUUGCUGUGCCAUACCUAUGCAGUUGAUUCUCAAGUGACAAGUAAAACACAUUUAGACCUAAACCAUUCAUUGUCAUUUAGUGAUGCUUCUUGUGAACAUUCUAAAAUGCAAGAAGAAGAAUGCGCUUAUUUAACAAAUAAUCUACAAAGUGUUCAUCUGACACGUGACAACCCAUUAUCCAUUAAUCUUCCAUCGCGGAGACGUCGAUUGAUACCUAUCAAUAAUAAAGCUAAUGAUUAUGAUUAUGAAUCAAGUUCUGGUAGUGAAUUCAGUGAUAAUACUGACAGAUUCUUGAAUGUGGACCUUGGAACGAAAUCGAUACCUGAAUUAACAGCUGAAGAAGAACUCAAAGAUGAGCGUAACUGGAGGUCUUGUACGGUAACUGGUGUUGUUAGUAAGAUUGAUAUGAAAGUAAUUGAGCCUUAUAAAUGUGUACUAUCACAUGGUGGUUACAUGACAACGGGUUCACACAAUGCUAUUAUUGUAUUUAGUGCAUGCUAUUUACCGCAUCGUGAUCGUGUAGACUACAAUUAUGUUAUGAAUAAUCUAUUUGCAUAUGUAGUUUCAACUUUAGACCAAUUAGUUACAGAAGACUAUGUUCUGGUAUAUCUGCAAGGGGGUACAUCAAAGGAUUGUGUUCCUGGUUUCUCCUGGCUGAAACGUUGUUACAAGAUGAUUGAUAGAAAACUAAGAAAAAAUUUGAAGUUUUUGUACUUGGUUCAUCCAACGUUUUGGUUAAAAACACUUGUAUUAAUGAUCAAACCAUUUGUAAGCUCAAAAUUUGGCAGCAAGAUACAUUUCAUCAACAGUUUAGAUGAACUCUAUGACUGUGUGCCAGUUGAAAGAGCUAGUAUACCAGAUAGGGUGAAACAAUUUGAUUGUACAAAAUUAAAUUCUCAUAAGUAAUAUUACUUUCACUACAUAAGAUAUAAGUAUAUAACUAUUUAUCAAUAUUAUAAAUUUAUAACUAUUAUUUAAAAUUCUACCUUACCUAUAUACUAUCCUACUUUUAUCAGUUUGCAUUAGUUAUAAAGUCCAGGAACAUAACUGCUAAUUUUAUGAUAAAUCGUAAUAUUAAUAUUUUUUAUUUUUUUUUACACUUAUAGUUAAAUCAUAGAUGGUUUUUACAAUGUAAAAUUAACUAAUUAAUUAUCAUCUUAUAUUUUUAUCUAUGCAAACUGUAUAAUAAAACACUAAUUACAUCUUAGUUUAAUAUAGAUAUUAAAAUAAUUUUCAUUGGGUGAUUAAGUUUACUUUCAGAAAGUUCUAUAUUUUAUUAAUUCUUAUUUAAAUAAAAAUUAAGAACAAUUUUUAUUAUAACAUGUAUUCAUUAAACCUAACAAGCUUAAAAAAGAAAUUCCAAAAUGUACGUUUCGCUUUGAUAGUUUCAAUAUUACAGUUAAUUUUCCCAUUGUAAAACUUAAAAUUAAUUAAUAAUAUUGUGUGUGAUUUUUUAUUAUUUAAAUUUUAAGUUAAGAAUAAAAAUAUUUAAAAAAUAAAAUAAAAUACUACAAAAUACUGACUCAAAAAAAUAUAAGGUAACAACAUUAUCUCAUUACCUUAACAUUUAAAUUUUAAAGUUUAAAAACAAAAUAUAAAAGUAUUUUUAACUAUGUUCUAACCUUUAUACUUAAUAAAAGAUAUUACAACUAAUAAAACUAAAUUUUAAUUUUCUAUGUAAAAUGAAGAAUACAAAGAUGGAUAUAGCAUUUUGUUAUAAUCUUAAAACUUAAAAAUUAAAAUUGUUUUUAUUUUUCACUACUAAUUUAUUUGAAUAUAAUUUAUACUACUAUUAUACUACUAUUAUACUACUAUUUAUGUCUGAUUUAAAUUAUUCAUGAAAAAUAUUAAUUCAGUAAUUAUUACAAUAAAAUUCCAUGUUAUCAGAAAAGUAGCACACUCACUGGGUGAGAACUGCAAAAAGACAUACACAGUCAAUGUGUUAAAAGAAUCAAUACCUCUGAUAUUAUGAUACAGCCAUAUGUAAAAAUUAUUAUUGUUACCAGUAAUAUAUUAUUUAAGUCAGAGCCGUAUUACCGCUUGGGCUGUAUAGGCUAAAGCUUAAGGCGGCAAGUUUUAAUAAUCGAAAUGGAAUAGCAAAUUUUAUCUAUGUAAAUUAAGUGGUAAAUUUAUUUUAGUCUAUGGGUGGCAUAAACCAUAAUCCAACCCUAAUUUAAGUCAUAUAAAUAUUAAAAUAAUUUUUUCCUUUUCUAGUCCAGAAAUAUACAAUAUUUGUAAUAUAUAAUUUUCUUUAUGUUAGGAAAAAUAUUUAAGAAGGAAUUAUUUUUAAACAAAUGAUUAUAAAGUUUAAAAUUUUAAUUUUAAAUAUUCCAAUAAAUUAAGUUCCUGGGCUUAUUAUACAAACUAUAUAGUGUAUUAAUAUUAUAUAGUAUUAUUUAAACACCUAUCUAGUCUAAUUUAUUAUUAUUAUUAUUAUUAUGCUCUCUUUUUAUUAGUAUAUAUUUAUUUUUGUAAUAUGUAAUCUUAAUCCUAGUUAAUAAAUAUUUUUUUCUGUAUUACAACCUCAUGUUUAGUUUUUAUAUCAAUGUGCACUUUUUAACUGUUUUUAUAUUUUUUUGUUUGUAUUUUUCUGGAAUAAUUUAUUGUAGGUAUUUAAUUUGAAUUUAAAGCAAGUCUUUCAUAGACUUAGGUACCUCAUGCCUGUAAUAAUAUAUAUUAAGAAUCAGAAGGAGAGAAAUAAGACAUUGAAAUAAUUAAAAGUUAAAUGUUUUCUUUAAUUGUUUACUUUGUAUUGAGACAUUGUUCUGUAUCAAAAUUGCAAUAAAAUAUGUCAUAUGUGUUUUA